GAAGUGUCAGGUGACUGUAACGUGACGCUUGCGCAGUUGGAACCAGACGACUUCCUGUCAAGAUGUCGGCGAGCAUGGCGUACGCCGGAUUGUGGAGGACAUGCAGAAUGUUACUACCCAGACACCAUGUCCUGUCCCCCGCUGCCAUCCGAACACAGAGCUCUGCUAGUGGAGACUUGAUGCCCUGGACCUCGCUCUCCAGGCCUCCGUGGCCGGAGCAGCCGAGCCCGUACUCGGCGGAAGAAGAGCAGAGCCGACACGCUGCUGUGGUUAGCACCGUAAACCAGCGGAUCAACCUUCGGGACUUCGGCCGGCUCUUCGCGGUGGUGCACUUCGCCGGACGCCAGUGGAAGGUCACCGGUGAAGACUUGAUCCUGAUCGAGAACCACAUCGAGGCGGAGUGCGGGGAGCGUAUCCGCAUGGAGAAGGUGCUUUUGGUUGGAGCUGAGGACUUCACCCUGAUUGGUAGGCCUCUUCUGGGGAAGGAGCUGGUCAGAAUCGAGGCCACCGUAAUCGAAAAGACAGAGUCCUGGCCCAAAGUCCACAUGCGUUUCUGGAAGAGACACCGGUUCCAGCGCAAAAGGAUCAUUAUCCAGCCGCAGACGGUGCUAAGGAUCAACGGCAUCGAGCUGGCCCCCAGACUCACAUGAAGCUGAUGACACAGGACUGGAAGACUCUACUCUCUGACCCGCGGUUUAUUUUUUCUUAUUGGUUUCAAACAUGUAAACAAACUUGUGGCGGUCAGCUUAUAUGCUCAUGACUCUGACUGGUUUGAAACGAGGAGCUGAACAUUUGAGUAAUACGCUGAGCAGCUGUUCACUGGGUUGUACUCCUGUAAAUAUAUAGUGCAGACCUGUGAGGAGAUGUAUUAAAGCUUUGUUUCCAACAUGUA